GCAAGGUGUCAUGUUGCGAGUGACAGUCUUUCAAUCAGUUGAUUAUUCUUAAGGUUAAUUGGACAGUGGGAGUGUUUCAGUGGGAUAUCAGAGACAGUAAUAGUGGUGCUUAUUACGUAAAGCCAAAAAUUUUCGAGAUGUCUGGUCAUAAUUAUUUGAGUGACCCAAAGAAUCCAUUUUUCUCCUUAGAGGAUGAUGUGGAUGACGAAACCUUUUUGCGAAAUGCUCCCUCAAGACCUUCUGGGCCAAACAAUUACUCCACUGGAAAUCACUACACUAAUUUUGAUAAUGAAUUGGAACAGAAACAUCAGCAGUUGGUAGCACGCAGAAGAGCUAUUGAGGAUAGGACGAUCCAGUCAUCCGAGAGGUCUAUAUCUCUACUGAGGGAUUCAGAACAAAUUGGAGCUGCUACAGCUGAGGAACUUGUCAGACAGAGGGAACAAUUAGAGCGCACAGAAGAAAGAUUGGAUGAUAUAAAUAGCACAUUGCGAUUUAGUCAAAAACAUAUUCAAGGUAUAAAGAGUGUUUUUGGUAGUCUUAAAAAUUAUCUUAGUGGCAAGUCAAUAGAUGCACCAACACCGAGUGCUUCUAUUGGCACUAAAUUAUCAGAGUCUACAAGCUCAGGAUCGCUAACUUCUGGUACACUCAAGAGUACCGUAGAGAAAAGUCAGGCACAUUUAGCCGCAAACCAUCCAUCCUUACGUAUUAAAGGCCUCUUAGAUGAUGACUAUGACAACGAACAAAAAUCGGCCACGAAAAAUGUUAGCGCAGUAUUAGAGAAAAACUUAGAUGAGAUGAGUGGUUCUUUGGCACGAUUGAAAGGAUUAGCCAUUGGGUUAUCGGAAGAAAUAGAUGCACAGAAUGAUUUAAUUGAGAAUAUUAUGGACAAGACAGAAACUGCUGAUAUGACAUUGCAGAAACAAAACAAAGAUAUUAAACACCUGUUAAAGAAGUAAGGCCUGACACUAAAUGUAUAAGAAAUAAUGUGAAAGACUAUGUGGACUCGAACUUUGGUUUUCUGUGAUGAAACUAUUAGAUUAUGAAUCUUAAUACCAUUAAAUAUGUUUUUCUGACCUUA